AUGGCGUCAAGAAAGAAACAAUUAGAAGGAAUCGCAUUACUCUCAGUGUACAACGACGACGAAGAAGACGAUGAAGAAAUGGAAGAUCUCAACAACCAACAACCAACACACCAACUUGACCAAUCCAACGACAUGGAGGAGGAUUCUUUGAACGACGAUACAGCCAUGGUUACCGAAGAAGAAGCAGAAGCAGCUACCAAUAGUCGAAAUUCAACUCCUCAAGGAGGACUUUUAAGGCCUUUGACGCCGCAGCAGCAGCAGCAACAACAACAAGGAGGGGGUGUUCGUUUGGAGACGAAAAGAAGUAGUAGGAGAGGGAGAUUUGCUAUUGUUGAUUAUGGUCACGAUGAAGUUGCCAUGUCUCCUGAACCUGAGGAAGGGGAGUUUGAAGAGGAGCUUCAAAGUGCCAAUGGUGUCAUCCAAGAAAAAUUGUCUCCAGGAGCUGCUCAGAUUUUAUCUCCUAGUGUUCGAGCAACUCCUCAAUCAUCUGAACAUUUAGAGACUUCACAACCCUGUGAAAUAAAUGAUACCACUAGUCAAUCAGACGCUGUCAACACUGAAGGUGCUAAUGAGGUUCCUGCAGAGGGUGUUAAUCUGUUGGAUAAAUUUCUCCCCCCACCACCAAAAGAGAAGUGUCCAGAGGAGCUGCAAGACAUUCCAGAGUGUACCUCACAGUAUUUGGCUACUAUGAGUAAUCUUCAACAAUCCUUGGGUGAUCUCCUAUGCUGGUUUGCUGCUGUGAAUAUGUUAGAAAAUGCCUUGUUGAUCCCUCCUAUGUUGAAAAAAAUUGAUAAAUUUCUUGCUUUGAAAAAAAUUGGGAGAAGCUUCAAUGCGGAAGUCCGCAAUAGGAAGGAUUAUAGGAACCCGGACUUCUUACUGCAUGCAGUGAGGUAUCAAGAUAUUGAUCAGAUAGGGUCUUGCUUCAGUAAAGAUGUAUUUGACCCUCAUGGAUAUGACCAAAGCGACUACUAUCUUGACCUAGCAGAGGCUGAUAUGAGGCGUGAAAGGGAGAGGAAGGAGCAAGAGUUGAAGAGAAGUCCAAAGGUUGAAUUUGUUCAAGGGGGACUCAGCCUGGAGUGGUUAUACCUCCAACAAAUUGUCUCUGCUAGUGGGAUUCAUUCAUCUUCAAAUGCAGCUGACCCAGGUCCUCGCGAAGGUAGACAGAACAAGAAGUCAAAAUGGGAUAAGGUGGAUGGUGAUGGAAGGAAUCCUUUACCAACUGGUGGACAGGAUUCUUUAGCUGCAGCAGCAGCUCAAGCAGCACUGUUAUCUGCAGCUAAUGUUGGUUCUGGAUACACAGUUGGAGUAGAUGGACAACCUGACCUUGCAGGGGAUGAGCAAUCAGGAGGCUUCUCAUACAGGUGUAGUCUCGAAGGUGAUGCAAUUGGGGCACAGCUGUGCUGCGUAGAAAAAAUCAUCCUUUAUAUGUACAUGCCAAAAAUCCAGCCGAAAGGAAACCCUGAGGGAAAUAAUUCUAAAGCUGGCAUGGCAAGACCGUUACAUGGUUCUAUUUCGAAUGCCAUUUCCAGAGUCAUAUUCCCUGGGCAUGAACAUGAGAUUACAUCUAUAACGAUAAAUGAAGAUUUCAUAAUGAAUUAUCAGCGAUUGAUUUUAUUUUAUGAUGAAAUCAAUGAAGGUGGUGGUAGAGGUAGUCUGGUUCUGGUUGACUAUUACACAGGGCCACUGAUUUUGAGGCACACAAAUGCUGAAGCCACUAUGGCAUGCAGAUCAGAGCAGUGA